UGGUGUUACAGGAACGUUCUGUUGCUGGGUCUGCACUCGUCCUGCUGAGCCUCAGUACAGGAGGCAGGUCUGCAGUUUCUCCUCUAACGGCAGUUUCUCUCUGUGCCCUGCAGGUGGCGAUAAAUGAGGCCUACGCAGCAGGGCUGAUUGGCCACAAUGCCUGCGGCUCGGGGUACGAUUUCGACGUGUAUGUGACACGGGGGGCGGGGGCGUACAUCUGCGGAGAGGAGACGGCGCUGAUCGAGUCCAUCGAGGGCAAGCAGGGGAAGCCGAGGCUGAAGCCCCCUUUCCCAGCCGAUGUGGGGGUCUUUGGCUGCCCGACAACAGUCGCCAACGUAGAAACCGUUUCCGUGGCGCCCGCGAUCUGUCGUCGGGGGGGCACCUGGUUCGCCGGGUUUGGGAGAGAGAGGAAUUCUGGGACGAAGCUGUUCAACAUCUCGGGUCACGUCAAUCACCCCUGCACUGUGGAGGAGGAGAUGUCCGUCCCCCUGAAGGAGCUGAUCGAGAGGCACGCGGGUGGAGUGAGGGGAGGCUGGGACAACCUGCUGGCGGUCAUCCCGGGGGGCUCGUCCACGCCCCUGAUCCCCAGGUCCGUGUGCGAGGACGUGAUGAUGGACUUCGACGCGCUGAUCCAGGCCCAGACCGGCCUGGGCACCGCCGCCAUCAUCGUCAUGGACAAAUCGACCGACAUCAUCAAAGCCAUCGCUCGCCUCAUCGAGUUCUACAAACACGAGAGCUGUGGACAGUGCACCCCCUGCAGGGAAGGCGUGGACUGGAUGAACAAGAUGAUGUGGCGGUUUGUCCAGGGUGACGCCCGCGUGUCCGAGAUCGAUAUGAUCUGGGAAAUCAGCAAACAGAUCGAGGGACACACCAUCUGCGCCCUGGGGGAUGGAGCAGCCUGGCCCGUACAGGGGCUGAUCCGACACUUCCGGCCGGAGAUGGAAAGCAGGAUCGCCCAGUUCCAGCAGCUGCCGCAGCAGCAGGCCAGAGCCUGA